GAAGUACUGUGCUGUGUUUCGAAGAUGAAUGAAUAAAACGUUUCCAUUAUUAUUCAUUCAAUAAUUUACCCGCAAACGGUAAAAAUCGGAAAGCAUGAAAUUCCCCGGCAAGUUCCAUCUGAGAAUUCUUUGAAGGCAAAUCCUUCGAAAGUUCCUUCCGCGUUUCUCAUCUCUCUUUUGAAUUUUGACUAUAACUCGAAAACCUAUAAGAGAAAAUGUUUGCUAACCUUCAACUUAUCAGUUCGACCCGGAGGAUGAAAUAAAGGGGGUUUUGGAGAGGAAUUAUGCAGGAAAACUCUAAUGACCAGGAUCCUGACGAAUGGCUGCAAAUUAAUACAGAAGGUGCGGCUCCAGCAAUCGGGAAAGAUGAGGUCGAACUGUUGCACGAAAGGAAUGCGGAAUCGGGCUCUAUUUUCAUGCCAACCGAAGAACCCAUCAGCUGGAUGGUCCAGUUUCUAGUGGCUGUAGCAAUUUCUUCAGGAAUGGCCUUCAUCGGAAUCGGCUUGGCUUAUUCAUCUCCAGCUCUUCUGUCCUUACGCGAAGACGCUAAUCGAGGCUUCCAAAUGUCAACUCAAAAGGAAUCCUGGUUCGGAUCGUGUCACUUUCUCGGCGCAUUUCUUGGAGCUUUCAUUGGUGGACCUGUGUCUCAUAAGCUGGGACGAAAGAGAGCAUUAGAACUUUGCGUUUGUCCUCUUUUGCUUGGCGGAUUUCUGUGUCUCGGUGUUGCCAAGUACUUAUUCGUGCUGUUGAUUGGAAGGGCUUUAGUCGGAAUCGCCUGCGGAAUAACCACCACGAUCAUUCCCAUGUACCUGGCGGAAGUUGCAGCUGCUUCAAUACGCGGCUCGCUCGGGAUAUUGACACAAAUCAUGUUGCUGUCCGGAGUGGUCAUCAUUUUCAUAUUUGGCACUCUCUUGGACUAUCAUUGGAUGGGAUACGCGUCUGCCACUCUGGUCGCCCCGUUCUGGGUUGUCAUAUUUUUGUGUCCCGAGUCUCCGACUUGGCUCGUGUACACUGGCCAGCACGGCAAAGCCAGGCGGUCCUUGUCGAAGAUUAAAGGUCCGAAAUACGACCAUGAAAGUGAGGUCAAGUAUCUUGACUUUCACUUGAAUCAAAAUGUGGCCAAAGAGCAUAAAAACUGGAAAAAUGCUAGAAAUCUGGUACCAUUAUUUGCCAGCGUAAUAUUGCUUUCGACUCACGGUUUGAGUGGUGGAAUCGACACGGUGACUUAUCUUGCACUGAUCUUUCAACGACUUAAAAUUCCAAUCAAUGGCAGUUUGAUUGGAGUGGUUUUUGCCGUAGGACAGGUCUUUGUGCUGGUCGUGUUUGCGUUGGUUGUGGAUAGGAUGCCACGAAAAUUCUACUUGAUUUUUUCGGCCUGCUUAACAAUUGCUUUGCUC